AUGCGGCCCUGUCUGCCGACGGCGACGGCCACAUUUGGUCGAGCGCUUCCACGAGCGUCUAUUGCCGGCAACGUCGUCGCCGUGCAGCGCCAGCAUGUUCGCCGAUCGCACGUUGGCUCGGCCGUCCUGUAUGUUCCGCCCUCGACAAACCUUUCGCUCCUCCCCUUCGCACCGGUGUCGAACCCUUCGCGAAGACAGCCAACCGCGUUGAAGAAAGCCGGCUCAAUCGAGGUUCAAGGUCCUCUGGGGACGGUGCUCGUUCCCUUGCAAGACUAUGUCGAGCUUCGGUGGGAGGACGACGACAAGAAAGCGCCGUCUCCCUCUGCACAGGAACCUAGAAGAUUACAGCUUGUCGUCCAGGACGCCAAGGAAAAGGCGCAGCGAUCGACGUGGGGUCUGACCCGCGCAUUACUCGCCAAUGCGCUCGAGGGUGUCGAGGAAGGCCACAGCGUCGUCAUCCGUCUCGUCGGUGUGGGCUACCGAGCCGUGGUGGAAGCGGACCCAUUCCCGCGCCCAGACAAGCUCGACGAGGCCCUCUCCUCCGCCGCUGCUUCCGCAAACAACUUUGAGUCGGUCGAGCAGCGCGAGUACUACACUCGACUGCUCAAGGAACUCAAGGAAAAGGAAAAGGCUCAGGAGCCAAAGCGACUGUCUUUGAGAUUGGGCUACAGCCACCCGAUCUACAUGCCCGUGCCCAGGGGCCUGACAUGUUUGACGCCCGCGCCAACAAGAAUUGUUGUCAAAGGAGUCGACAAAGAAGCGGUGGGACUCUUUGCGAGCAAAAUUCGGAGCUGGAGGAAACCAGAGCCUUAUAAGGGCAAGGGCGUCUUUGUGGGCGACGAGACAAUCAAGCUGCGAACAGCGAAGAACAAGUAA